AUUUGCCUUCAGGGCAUGAUAGUAAAUCUGGCAUUUUCAAUUGCUAAUUGCUGAUAUGAGCAUUCCCUUUAAAAGUGAUUCACAGCACAAAGUCCACAUAACUGCCAUCUUCUGUUCUAAGAAAGCAUCAGUCAUGUGGGGAUUAAAAACUUGGAAAGUCAGGGGAUUGUUGUGUUUAGGCUAAACUUUUCUAGUUGCUGCCUUUGCAAAUUAACCACCCUUGGCCCUUCCUGAAACAUACUGGAGCCAUCCCACUUCAGGAAUCCCAAUUUGCCAUCAGAAGUUACCCACAGAGGGGAUGAACAUGUUGGUGAGCUGCAUAAAACCCACAUUCCUCAGGACAGUGGAAUUCAGAAGUUUCUGGCUUUAAAAAGCUGCAGCCACAUGACAAAACGCUGAAGUGUGGCAGGGUCCUCUUUUAGCAGUAUUGAAUACAUUUCUCUACAGAUCAGGAACAAAUAUAUCAUACUUUCAGAUGUCUGCUUUUACGAGCACUGCCUCCUGAACAACUCAGGGUUGAUCCCUAUGAUGUGCUGCAGGUCCACACUGAGAGCUUUACUCUGCUUCUCAGACCUCACUUCUGAAUCUGUUCUGUUUUUCUCCUUCCCAUUUUAUCUAUCAAAGUCUGUCUUUUCAAAAUACAAGGGGAAAAAUUAGAAUUUGAAAAUACUAACAAUGCCAGAACCCCUUCUAGACAAAGGUUGUCAUAUUGAGGCUGCAACUUUACCCUUAAUAUGCUGCUAUGAAAAGAUCAGUUAGAAUCGAACUUCCCCUAUCAUUACUGGUUUCUGUAUGACAGAAGGAAGAAAGAACUUCCUCUUUAGGAAGCAGAGGAGGGAAGUUACAAGCCCGUUACAGCAGAUAACUUUUCAACAGCCACAAAGGAGAAAAAGAAGUGGAAAUAAGAAUGUCAGAAAAUCUCAUCUAUGCUGACUUGAACUUGACUGAAUCAAGCAGGCCUAGGCUACAGAAGGACAUCAAUGUCCAAGAUUCUACAUAUGCAGAACUGAACGUGCAAUCCCUAGACACAAGUGCUGUAGCUAGCUGUGCAUCAUCUGUUCCCAGUGGUCAAACGGACAUCACAAACUUCAAAGACAACAGAAGGGGUAAGUAAAAUACUCUAGCAGAUACGUGAAUUGGGAAGCGAUGGAAAGCUCUCCUUUACCCUUUAAUUCAGUUUAGUCAGCUUCCAAACAUAUCAUUUGACCCUCCUGAAGCUGCCUGUGCUCUGCAGUACCCACUGAGUUGGCAGUGUAAUGACUGAUGCAAGGAUCUCCUUGAAGUAAAUCCAAAACCAAAAAUACAUAAACAAUUGUCAAAGUAUAAAGAUGAGACAGUUCAACUCUUCUGAAAAAAUGAUAUGGCAGGACCUUUAUCUGAUAGGCUGAUUGGAUUUUCCUUCAUUAAUAUUUUGAGAGGCCAGGUAAGGAUGCCAGAGAACACUGAACUCUAGCAUCAGGUACAGUAGAAUUUAACGUAGUAUUCUAGGCAGUAUCAGAAGGGUUCAGUUGAAUACCUAUGAUGGGAAAGAAAAAAAAGAAAUAACAGAUAUGCACAAGAAGAACAAACAUCAGAGGGAAAAACUUUGACUAACUUGAAAGAGUUGUCUCAAUAUGAGCCUGGAAAGGGCAUCUUUGAAUGAUGAUGAAAGGUCCUACCACAGUUGUUUUCCUAAUCCUUAUUUUUUAUCUCUGUUGGUAAAAACUGUUGUUCCAGAACACGUUGGAAUAUUGACUGCUGUGAUAAUCCUCCUACUGGUCUUAGGGGUGGGGCUGACACUCCUGUACCAUCCAACCACAAGCAGCCCACAGGACAGAGAAACAUUCUCCAUAACCUAUGAUAAGGCACAAGAUUGCCCCCAACAUUGGAAAAGAAAUGGGAGAAAAUGCUACUUCUUUUCUCAAACUACAGAAGGAAAAAACUGGACAGCUUUCCAUGAUGAAUGUACUGGCAUGUACUCAGAACUGGUGACCAUUGAUAAGAAGAAAGAACUGGAUUACCUUAUUUCACAGUCCACAGGUCAUUACUACUUACUUGGUCUCCAGUACAAAGAAAGCAAGAAGUGGGAGUGGAUUAACGGCAGAGAACACAGCACAGACCUAUUUAAUAUAACAGGACCUUCUGACUACUUCUGCACUGUUGUUGGCUUUGGCCAAGUGUCAACUGCACCUCGCUAUGAGUCCUCAACAACAAAAAAUAUGUGUGAAAAAAGUGCAAGUAUUUCAGAAAAGGCAGAAGAGGAGCCACAAAAAACAGAUUCAAUGCGGAACUUCACUCCCACCUUUGUGUAGGAACAGCAGAUGGAAUUUGUCUCAUUUUAUCUGCUUAAAUAUCUAAUCAAAGAAAUCUCUCACCUUUCUGUCUAGACACCUUGCCAAGCUUAGCACAUUCUUUGCUAAGAGAGGUGUCAAAGACUGGAUGGAUGAGCCUCUGGAAGAGCCUUGAUAUAUACACAUUAGGAACCUGGAUGACUUGCUAACAUCAGAUGCCUAACUUUUAGGGAACCACUGUUUGGUGAUGAGUCCUGCCUUGGUGAGAGGUGUGAUCACAUACAGAUCCUGUUUCUCAUAGAUACAUGCAUAUACACUUCUACAUCCACAGUCCUCCUUGUGCACAAGGAGGCACAUUGAAGCAUUGCCAUGCACUGGCUUUCCCUGCAGCUGCAAGUGAAGUUUAAGACAUAUUUAUAUUUUGGAUCCCGUAGACAAGUGC